AGUCAUAAAACUUCGCAGAGCCAAGCUCAAACAGCUCCGUAUCAUGCCAUCUGGACGUUUCAAAAGCUCCUUCAAAGGCGGAGGCCGCCGAAAUGAAAACAACAGAAUUUACUCGAAUCCUUUACCCAUUCUAUUCACCGAUGAUUCUCCCAAGCCAAUACGGUCUGUACUCAACCUUCUCGGCCUAUCUGUAGCCCGAGUUCAGACGCCUCACUGCGAGGCUAUUUUCGACCCCACGACUUGCUCCGUCUGGGUGACAAAUUCUUCAGAUGCUUUGCUCCUUUGGAGACGGGGUUUCUUUGGCAAGGGUGACCUGUCGCGGAGUGAACCCAGCUGGCUCGCCCGACAGAAGACCAUGCGAGGAAAACAGAUUACAUCUGAGGAGAUCCGUGAAAAGCGACGGGCGGAACGAAAGCAAUUCAAGUUAGACCGUGCGCGUGCAAUUGCUGCCGUAGCCGCAGAGGCAGAGGCCAUCUUUGAAUCCGAAGGACGCGUCAUAACUCCUGCUCUUUCUGGACCCAACAUUCCCUCCGCAGCGACAUGGAAACCAACCCCUGCAACAACGAACGAACCCCUUUCUUCUCUCCCGUUGCCAUCAUCCCCAGAUGCAGAUGAGGAAGAACUGGAAGACCUUGAACAUCUUCAGCUUACCCUACCCGAAGCAUUUUUUCUCAUAUGGAAUUUUGACUGUCUCACUGUGUUGAAUCCUGAUACGCACGAACCCAUGAGUCUCGAGCAAAUAUGGAAUAUGUUCCAACAGGUGCACUUGUUCCCUCCCAUACCAAAUGCUCCCGUGCAACCGCUUCAGUUCGACAAUCCUUUCCUGAUUAACUAUGUUGUGUAUCAUUAUUAUCGCUCUCUCGGCUGGGUCGUCAGAGGAGGACUCAAGUUUUGUGUUGAUUAUCUUCUGUAUAAACGGGGUCCUGUCUUCUCUCAUGCGGAGUUUUCCGUAGUCAUAUGUCCCGUAUACGAAGAUCCUGCAGAUCAAGAAAACUCGGUGCUCAAUGUCCAAAAUGCUUCGCCUUUCGCAUGGUCCUGGCUCAGCACGAUCAACCGUGCCAACACUCAAGUGCAAAAGACUUUGAUGCUCGCCUACGUAACCAUACCAGCACGAUCACGACUAUCCUCGGAUGUGCUUAAAUCUCCCGCUUGCUUUUCGCACUACUCCGUUAGGGAGGUCGUCGUGCGCAGAUUUAUUCCAGCGAGAAUGCGCGAUUGAUGUUUUUC